AUGGACUGCUUCUUUAGAUCUUUAUUAACAUCUUUAGUUCUAGUUAUUACAUUAUUGAAUAAAGCAAAUGGCUAUACAAUCACAGUCGACGCGCAUGCAGAAGAGUGCUUUUACGAAAAUGUUGAAGCCGAUACAAAAAUGAGUUUAACAUUUGAAAUAGCAGAAGGAGGUUUCUUAGAUAUAGACAUCACAAUCACUGGUCCUGAUGGAACUGAAAUACAUAAGGGAGAGCGAGAGUCUUCCGGUAUUUAUACAUUCUCUGCACCCACUUCAGGCCGAUACACAUAUUGCUUUAGCAAUAAAAUGUCUACAAUGACACCUAAGGUUGUGAUGUUCAACUUGGAAAUUGGUGACUCGCCUAGCAAGACUCCUGGUGAAAAAGAUGAGGUGGACCACAACAAUCUGGAAAAUAUGAUUAAAGAGCUUGGUGCCACUCUUAAGACUGUUAAAAAUGAGCAAGAGUAUAUGCAGGUUCGUGACCGCAUCCAUCGAGCCAUUAAUGAGAGCACAAACUCUAGGGUUGUGAUGUGGUCUAUUUUCGAGGCUUCCGUUCUACUAGUCAUGACUCUUGGUCAAGUCUACUAUCUCAAAAGAUUCUUCGAAGUGCAACGUGUUGUAUAA